AUGGCGUGGUGGUGCAUGGAGGCGGCGGUAGUGCCACGACAAUGUGGUGGUGCGACACGCUGUGGUGCCGACGGCGUGGUCUCGGUGAAGGUGCGGCAAUCGCCGAUGACCAGCUUGGGAAGGGGAAGGACGCCCAAGGGAAAGGGGAGGCGACGUGGCUAUCGGCGAUGCACCGGUGCGGUUGCAGCUGGCCACCAGCGGGGUGGCGCCGCGGCGGUCGUCGACAUGGACUUGGGCCGGUCGUGGCAGUGGCCGUAUGUGACACGUAUUCAACUGGGUAAUCCGCCAAAGAAUUUCAGCGUGCUAAUUGAUACCGCGAGUAUAAUGUCAUGGGUUUCUUGCCGGACACCAGGUGGAUCUAGUGUUAGUUCCUUACCAGGAAUAUUUGACCCUAGAUCAUCAUCUACAUCAUCUCUGAUAUCAUGUUCAGACAAGACAUGUCAAGCCAUGAUCCCCGACCUUGCAGUGUGCAGCAAAUCGAGUGAUUCCUGCGAGUGGCAUGUACUCUAUGGUUCUGGAGUUGCUGUGUAUUCUAACACAACGGGAUACUAUAUAUCUGACGUGGCGCAUUUAGAGAUUCUCAAUGCAGUUGGACACACAUCGUCUGCUCCCGCCACUAUUAUUUUUGGCUGUAGCACUUUACGGUCAGGUGAACUGGCAGAGGCAAAAUUUGAUGGCAUUUUAACCUUUGCGCCGCAUCAAAUGUCCUUCAGUUCACAGCUGCAUUCUCAGGGGUUAAUCCCUGGCGUCUUCUCUCUAUGCUUGAAGAGUGCAUAUUGGGGCGGUAUCCUUGUAUUUGGAGAAAUUUUGGAGGAGGGAAUUGUUUACACUUCACUGUUACCUUCACCGAUUUUUUUCCAACUGUAUCUGGAGAGUAUCGCUGUGAAUAGUCAAGAGCUUCCAAUUGAACCGUCAUUUUUUAGACCAUCACGUAAACAUGUAACCAUUGCAGAUUCAGGAACUUCAUUGACGUACCUGGCAGAUGGUGCCUAUGACCCAUUCAUCAAUGCGAUAACUGCAGCAGUGUCUCCACAUGUACGCCUGGUCAAGAAUUCAGAUCGGUGCUUCGUUACAUCUAUCAAUAUUGAUUUAUCAUUUCCAACACUGACACUGCACUUUACGGGCGGUGCUGUAAUGAAGCUUAAGCCAAACAAUUAUUUACGUUCUGUAAGUCCGAAAGAGGAUGAAGUAAUUUACUGUAUUGCGUGGAAAAGGAACUAUGGCGAACAAAUAACGGUACUUGGAGAUAUUGUACUGAAGGAUAAAAUUAUUGUUCAUGAUUUGGAGAACAUGCUCUUCGGUUGGAUGGAUUUUGAUUGUAAGUUCUAA